AUGACAUUUAAAUAUCACAUUACAGAUGCCUGUGAACUUACAGUGGACAAAAACACCACUCACAAAAAGCUCAAACUGUCUGAAGACAACAGGAAGGUGACUCUGGUGGGAGAGAAAGAACAGCCUUAUCCCAGUCAUGCAGACAGAUUUGACAGCUGCUGUCAGCUGCUGUGUAUAAAUGGUCUGACUGGUCGCUGUUACUGGGAAGUGGAGUGGAGUGGAGAGGUUGAUGUAGCAGUGACAUACAGGGGAAUCAGAAGGACAGGAAACAUUGCUGACUGCAGGUUUGGAAGAAACAAUCAGUCGUGGACUCUGAGCUGCUGGGAUGGUGGUUAUUCCGUCUGGCACAGUAACAGAGAAACAGUCCUCCGUCUCUCCUCGUCCUCCUCCUCUGUCUCUGGUAGAGUAGCAGUAUAUGUGGACUGUCCUGCUGGGACUCUGUCCUUCUACAGGGUCUCCUCUGACACACUGAUCCACCUCCACACCUUCAACACCACAUUCACUGAACCCCUUUAUCCUGGGUUUGCCUUUGGGUUUGGGGUUGGGGUCGAGUCCUUGAUGCUGUCACUGGACUCCUCAGUGUCUCUGUGUCCACUGUAGGAGGACAAGUCUAUCUUUGAUGACACACACUCUCACUCCUGAAUCUUUUUUUUUUCUUUCUUUUACAUGGAGCAGUUUUGAUACUGACCGCAAAAUAUCAUGCUGUUCUCACUGCCAACUCAUCAAAUACCACCAAUGCUUAGUCAGUGGACCUCAGCAUCACUCACAGACGUACUUUUACCUGAGUUCUAAGUUUAUCUUGAAAAAGACAGGAUGCAUCUAAUGAGCAGAAACUGAACAUUUUCUGCCAAAACAGAUGUGUAUUUUAAAAAGAGGCUUUGCCUGUAACUAGCGUAAAAUUACACGCUGUCCUUGAAAAACCAACACUGGUGUAGGAGGUUAUCUAACGCAUCAUAUUAUGAUGCAAAAGAGACUAAGAAUGUGAAUUUUGUUGUCCAGUGUCAAAGUCCAGCACUCUGUACACCCACCAUCCAUCCUGACCACCAUCCUACCACAAUCUGCAGGGUACAUCAAUGUCGCAUUUAAUUUACACCACAAAGUGUUUCCUGUGAAAAAAACUCAGGGCAUGGUGGUAAUAUUUCUCACUACAACAUAAAAAGGGAAACAAAUGAAUUCUACACCCUGCCUGAAAAAGUAGAAAUAUAAAAUAAACUGCUAGAAACAUCUGAAAAUCUGAAAGAGAUAGAAGUUGAACUGCUACCAAAAAAGCUGGAAGCUAAACUGUAAUAAUGUCAAAGGUUAAAUUAACUGUAAAAGCCAAAAGCAGAAAUGCCAAUCAAUCAAUCAAUCAAUUUUAUUUAUAAAUCACAAAUCACAAUUUGCCUCACAGGGCUUUACAGCAUACGACAUCACUCUGUCCUUAGGACCCUCACAGCUGAUCAGGAAAAACUCCCCAAAAAACCCUUUAACGGGGAAAAAUGUUUCAUACUCUACAAAGAAUUAAAAGUAGGAAAAAAUUAACAGAAGCAUCAACGUUAACGAGCUGAAUGUUUCGACACUUGGAUUGUUUCUGCAGCUGAAAGUUCAAAGAAAUGGCCGUCAAUCAAACAAUGUACAAAAGUAGCAGCUCUUUUAGUAACAGUAGUAGUAGUAGAAGUAGUUGUCACAGGAAGUGACCGCCAUGAGAUGGCGUAUCAUCUCUAGUCAACAACUCUCUGUGCUUCUGAUCUGUAACGUUGACAGGAAGUGACCGCCAUGAGACGGCGUAUCAUCUCUAGUCAACGACUCUCUGUGCUUCUGAUCUGUAACGUUGACAGGAAGUGACCGCCAUGAGACGGCGUAUCAUCUCUAGUCAACGACUCUCUGUGCUUCUGAUCUGUAACGUUGACAGGAAGUGACCACCAUGAGACGGCGUAUCAUCUCUAGUCAACAACUCUCUGUACUUCGUUCUGAUUUGCAGCUUCUUAAAAUCUGAAUGAGGAUAGUGAUAGUGAGAUACUGGCUACAGUGAUGAAACAAGACCAACAUCAGAUGGACUGUAUUCAAUACGCCACAAUAGUAUUAAAAAAACUUUGCUGAUAGUUCACGUUUCGACAGGUACAUAUGAGAAAAUGAAUAACAUUUUUUGUUUCAAAUCCAGACACUGUUUUGUUUACUUCUGAGUUGUUUAUUUCCUGUGAUGUAUUCAACUGCAUCUUAAAACUGUACAACAUAUCAGGCCUAAGCCUUUUCUUCUUUUAUUGAUCCUAAACAUCUGAUAUUUUGUCAUAUAAUUUAUCACCAUCAAGCUGACUGUCACUCACAGCGAUCGCAUCAAAUAUAUACAAUUAAAAUAAAUAAUCUUGUCUGUUGUUGAUGAUGAUUGAUGAUUGAUUGGUUAAAUCAUCCAUUCUUGUGUAAUUCUCCAAGUCAUCUAUUCUUAGUUCUCGGCCAUCAGUUUACUUUUUCUAUUGUUCCAUAAGAUUCUUCUGUUGUUUCACUUCAUCUUGAUUCAAGUCAAGUAUCGUAGCUGUUGUUUAGCCACUGUGCUAAAUGCAACCAACAUGACGUUUAGAGAUUUCCUGAUCCUCUUCAGAUCUUCCUCAACUGCAUCGCUGCAAGUCUUCAGUAACAUUUUUGUUUAUUUUUGUUUACUUCCUGUUAGAGUAGCUUUAGCUCUGAUGCAUUCACAGACCUCAAGAUCAUUAAACACAGAUUAAAACAGGCCAGUUAUUGAAAAGUUGUUUCACCUCUUGAUAUUUACAAAAUCAGUCAGAAGAGGUUCAAUAUAAUUUUUUUAGCUGGUAAUUUUUCUGAGUUUUGCUUUCAUCACAUUCAGCAGUUUAGUAAGUUUAGUAUCACUGGGAAAAAAAAACAUUUUUUUAGCUAUACAGCCAGCUUAACAUUAUAUUAUCCAGCUGUGUUUCCUCCAAGGAACAGACAGGUUGUUACAUUCGGCAGGAUUUAAUGAAAGAAAAUAUUUCAUUUGUAAAACUGCAAAAAGAGCACCGAAUACAAACAAGUACCAAAUGACAUAUGUCAGAGAAAGGUUUACUUACACUUUAAGGUAUGUCAAAAUAUGUGAUAACUGAUGAAAGUACAACAGGAAACAUCAAUUACAAAAGUAAGAAUGCUUUAACUAUCAAGCACUUAUACAUCCACAUGUAGUACUGCAGUUUAAGUAAACUAACCAUCAUCAAAAAUACUGCACUCAAGUCCAAAAAUUGUGACAUAAAAAUAUUAAUAUAAAUGUAAAUAGUGGAUUACUUACAGAUGAAGCCGUUGUGUGGACUUUGUGGCCAAGGAUUAUGCAGACUGUUACAAUGAGAUGCUCACUGUUUCCUGUUUGUCAAUUAGCUCACCUCCUCUUCAGUGCAGAUACUUAGAAUCACCACAGGGUGGUGCUACAGACCACAUAAGAAACCAAAACACUAAUUCUAAUACAUUGUGAUUUAUAAAAACAGAGUUGAUGUCAGAAUGUGUGCAGCUGUGGAGAAACUUUGAGCCAUGAGCACUUCGGACACAGAUGGUGAGGUGGUGAACUGAGAUUGUAUUAUGUAUUGUAUGUGAGAUGAAUUAUUAUAUGUUUAAUGACAUCUCUCACCUCGUAGUUCACUUUAUCAUUCAAUCCAGCAGCAGCACAGAGGGGACGGAUGGUUUGGAUGCCUCUGACACUCGAGGUCAGCUGUGGAUCCUCUCAUAUAAUAAAGAACAGUGUCAGUAGUUUUUGAUAUUAUUUUAAAUAUAUUUCACCAAGUACGACUCACGUUUUCAGAUAGUCUGUGUGUAAGGUCACUGCAGUAACCCUGACUGUCACCGGACACGCCCCAGUGCUGACACAGUUUUCUUUCUUCAGUCAGCUCACCUUCAUCUUCUCCACCUGCUCACAUGAACUGUGAGAAUUAAUAAAGUCUGGAAAUGAAGCAGCAUCAGAUCUCACGCAGUUAUCACCCUCCAUAUCAUCACUGAGAGUCCUGAUCAGAACCUCCACAAACUUUAAAUAAAAUGAUACAUAUACCUAUUACACUUUCAUGUAUUCAUCUUUAGGUGGUAUCUCUGGGACACACUGAUCGUCACAAUCAUUUUGGUACGAUGUGAAUUAAUCAUGAGAAGGCACAGAGCCGACUGUAAACAGGCAGCUGAGACACAUAUUAUUACCAGUGCGCUGUUUACAUGUACAAAUACUGCGAUUAAAUCCUGAAUAAUAACUUCUGUAAUAUUUCACUUGUCUGUGUUUCUUUGUGUAUCAGUGUUUGUUAAUCACACUUCUUUUUCUUCCUGAUGAUGAACGACUGACAGAAUGAGGCUCAUCCUGUCAAGAUGGCGGCACUGCUCCCAGAAUACUCAGCAUUUCCCAUUCCCUAACUCUUUAUAUUACUUUGUUGCUGAAAGUAAUCUAUUACUGUAAGUUCUGCUACCUCUAAAACUGAUGAUAGUUCACGUAUCUGUGUUCACACCUGUUUUCUGUACAGAGCAGAGCAGAUUCAUGUUUCACGUGUGUGAUGUAACACACGUGUUUAGCUGAAGAUUGUAAACAUGGAGGUCGAUGAUCCGUAUCAGCAGAGAAUUAAC